ACAAUGUACUCGGCAGGCUUGGAGAUCCUGGGGAUGAUCCUGGCCGUGGCCGGCUGGCUCGGGGUGAUGGUGGCCUGCGGCUUGCCCAUGUGGAGGGUGGCCGCCUACAUCGGACAGAACAUCGUCAUCUCCCAGGUGAUCUGGGAGGGCUUGUGGAUGAACUGCUCGGUGCAGAGCACGGGUCAGAUGCACUGCAAGGUGCACGACUCCAUGCUGGGGCUGCCGGUGGACCUGCAGGCGGCCCGCGCCCUGGUCAUCGUCUCCAUGGUGCUGUGCAUUGUGGGUAUCGGCCUGUCUGUGGCCGGCGCAAAGUGCACCAAUUGUAGCCCGGAUGUGAGCAGCAAGCCACGGAUCGUGCUGGCAGCCGGGGUGACCUUCAUGGUGGCGGGACUGCUGCUGCUGGUGGCCGUGUCCUGGACAGCCAACGCCAUCGUCUUGGACUUCUACGACCCGCUGCUGGAGGAGACGGGGAAGAGGGAGUUUGGGAACGCUCUGUACUUUGGCUGGGCUGCCUCCUGCCUGCUCAUCUUAGGGGGAGCCCUGCUCUGCUGCUCCUGCCCCCCCAGUGCAGCUGCAGCACCCGGCAGCGGAGGCUCCAUGCCCCCCAGAGUGGACUACUCAGCCAUCAAGACCAUGUCAGUCAAUGGAUACCCCAGGAGAGACUACGUAUGA